CCCGCACCCCCAUUCUCUCCCUCCGCAGCCGGCCCCGCGCCGCGGGGCUCCCCCUCCGCUGAGUCGGGACACCUGGAGGCUCGCGCCAUGCCCAACCCCAAAAACAGUAAAGGCGGCCGCAAAAACAAACGCGCCAACAGCAGCGGGGACGAGCAGGAAAAUGGAGCCGGGGCCCUGGCCGCGGCGGGCGCGGCUGGCGCGGCGGCCGGGGCCCUGGCGACGGCGGCCGGCGGCGGAGCGGCGGCGGCGGGCGCGCCGGGCACCGGGGGCGCGGCGGGCACCGGAGGCGCGGGCGCUGGCGCCGCCCACGCCGCGGCCGCCGCGGGGGCUGCCGCCGCGGGCGACGCCAAGAACGAAGCCCUUUGUGCCACACCACUGAUCUGCAGCUUCGGGAGGCCCGUGGACCUGGAGAAGGACGACUACCAGAAGGUGGUGUGCAACAAUGAGCACUGCCCGCACAGCAGCUGGAUGCACCUGCAGUGUUUCUAUGAGUGGGAGAGCAGCAUCCUGGUCCAGUUCAACUGCAUUGGCCGGGCGCGCAGCUGGAACGAGAAGCAGUGCCGCCAGAACAUGUGGACAAAGAAGGGCUAUGACCUGGCCUUCCGCUUCUGCUCCUGCCGCUGUGGGCAGGGCCACUUGAAGAAGGACACAGACUGGUACCCAGUGAAGCGCAUGCAGGAGGAGAAAAAGAAGAAGUCCGCGGCGGAGAAGAACACUGGGCGACCGCCGGGAGAGGCUGCGGAGGAGGCCAAAAAGUGUCGGCCUCCCAACAAGCCCCAGAAGGGCCUGAAUCCCGACCUGCCCCGCCGACAUUCCAUGGACCGGCAGAACUCGCAGGAGAAGGGGGUCAGCGCCGCGGCCUAUGGGGCCCGCUCGCCCUGUGGCUCCCCCGGCCAGUCCCCCCCCACGGGGUACUCCAUCCUCUCCCCUGCCCACUUCAGCGGCCCCCGUGCCUCCAGAUACCUGGGGGAAUUCUUGAAGAACGCCAUUCACCUGGAACCUCACAAAAAGGCCCUGGCCGGGGGGCACGUGUUCCGAAACGCCCACUUUGAUUACAGCCCCGCGGGGUUAUCGGUGCACCGGGGCGGACACUUUGAGGCGCCGGUGCAGUUCCUGCGGCGGCUGGACCUCUCCGAGCUCCUCACCCACAUCCCCCGGCAUAAGUUGAACACUUUCCACGUGCGCAUGGAAGACGAUGCCCAAAUGGGCCAGGGCGAGGACCUGCGCAAGUUCAUCCUCGCUGCGCUCAGCGCCAGUCACCGAAACGUGGUGAACUGUGCGCUGUGCCACCGGGCCCUCCCGGUGUUCGAACAGUUCCCACUGGUGGACGGAACGCUGUUCUUAAGCCCGUCGAGACACGACGAGAUCGAAUAUGAUGUUCCUUGUCACCUUCAAGGGAGACUCAUGCACCUGUAUGCCGUGUGCGUGGACUGCCUGGAAGGGGUUCACAAGAUCAUCUGCAUCAAGUGUAAGUCCCGUUGGGAUGGCAGCUGGCACCAGCUAGGCACCAUGUACACCUACGACAUCCUGGCUGCCUCUCCAUGCUGUCAGGCCCGCCUGAACUGUAAGCACUGCGGGAAGCCUGUGAUAGACGUGCGGAUCGGGAUGCAGUACUUCUCCGAGUACAGCAACGUCCAGCAGUGUCCACACUGUGGGAACCUGGACUACCAUUUCGUGAAGCCAUUUUCUUCCUUCAAAGUUCUCGAAGCUUAUUGAUGAAAGCUUUGCUUUAGUAAUAGCUUAUUUUAUUGAUAUUAUUACUUUAUUACAUAUCUUUUAUAGAGAAACAUUCUGUGACAUUAAUUUCUUUUCUAAUUUAAAGGAGAAUUCCUUUGUGUAUGUGUGCCACUGAAGUGGGGGCUGCCCCCAGCCUUCUCUUCACUCCCAAGUCUUAGUCUGUGGUCAUGACCAGAGCCCAAGUGGGUAAUCCUGUGAGUUUGGGGGUAAUAGUUCACUAUCGUUGAGAGUCUCUCAUGCAGCUUUUAAGGUGGUGGGGAGGAUGGGAUAAAUUUUGGAAAGGGGUUAGGUGGUCAUUAAUUAAGAGCGCAGUAGGAGUUGGGAGGAAACUCUUACUGAAAUGUUAAUUGUCUCAAGACCCACUUUUGAUCUUGUCUGGGCCUUGGGAAAAACUUGUGACAAGUGAAUGUAAGUGUUUGCCUGGAGAGCUGACAGUGUAUUCGUCUCUCUGGGCUUAGCGUUUUGCAGUGCACACUGACCUGCCGUUUGCCCUCACUGACAGAUUAUUUGUAAAUGAACAUGAGUGCAUUUUCUAUCACUUGUAAUUUAGCAGUCAGUUAUCAUACUGAAAGUAAUGCCCAAAUUAUAAGACAGGUGAAAGCUAUUGAUAUUGCAAAUAUUUUUAGGCAAACUGACCUGUAACAGAGAGAAUAUGCUAAGUUUGGCAUUGUUGAUGCACACUGACUGAAGUGGGCAAGAAAGACAGAACCCUGCUAAUUGAGUUGUGUCCAUGAUAUUGGUCUUAUUAGCUCUUAAGGAGAACCCAGGAAUAACAUGGUUUGGGGGGUGGUGAUUUACAUAGGUUGCACUGCUGAAAUGCCAUUUGAUCCUUCUCACAGGUAAAUAUCAGGCAUGCACCCUAACUGAUGAGUUUCAGAACCAAUCGUUGCCACACUUUCCUUCCCCCAAAAUGAUUAUAGCCACGUUUUACCCAUUGAAUGCCAAGUUUCGAAAAUCAGCUUUGACCCUAGGAAGGAAAGGAAAGAUUACUUGUGAAGAUAGGAGGAAAAGAUAAUAUUCCUUUUUAGGGUGUGUUUUAUUUUGGAAAUCCAGUAAUUAUAAUGUAUAACAAUGUGUUUAAAAAGAGAUAAUUCUAAAGAUCCAUAUGUACCUUGCCAUUGGUGAAAAUAAAAAGGGAACUUUUAUAACUUGAUUAAUCAGAGCAUUGGGCUUUCCAAAAUACAGCCUUUUUUCACUAGCUCGGGGUGACUUAAAUAGAUUGAUGCCCUACAUCCUUCUAGGAUUAGAUUGGAAUAUGUUUUCUGAAACAAAAUUUGAUGAUUUCAAAUAUGAAUAUAUGCUAAAAGAAAGCCGAAAAUAUACCAUUUCACGGGCAGUUAAAUUUGAGGCCGUGAACAUUUUAUGUAACUCAUUGGUCGAUACUACUUUUUAUUCUCAAAAAACAAUUGGUUUUCCUCUCAGAAGUGUUUAGGCAUUAUUGGAGUGGGUUUCAGUUCUGCUACAUGAAAUAUUUGAUGUUUUAUUUGAAACAGCACACCAUCAAAGCACCAGUAUAUUAACUAAUAUUUUUCAUUAUUCAGUUUAGAUGAUUAUCACUUGGUUUAGAGCAUCUAGUUUGGUGUUUGAUGAUCUGAAAAAUAUUUCACAGCUGUGGGCAAAUGCUUAAUGCUUCUAAGAAGCAGAAAAUCAUUAUUGAUCUGACAGUAUUUGAUGCAAGUUAAAGAGGUCUAUAGGACAUAUCCCUUGCAAAUUUGUCCUUACUGCAUAAAGCUGUUAAUUGUGAAUUAACUAUUUCCCUUUUGAUUCUCUUAUGUAUCCAAGUAAAAAGAUUAGUAAAUUUCUCUUGUCUUCAGAGUACCAUUGGGAUUUUAUUUCUGAAGUUAAAUGAAUAGUAAAGUAUUUGUAAUGCUAUUCUUUAACCCAUCUCAAUUUUUGUAGUGAAACCUGCUUAUAUUAUUGUUCUUAACCUUGAAAUUAUAUGCAGAUCAUAUCCAGCAAGCUUCUCAGUCUAAAACUGUUAUGACUGUAGUGUCUGAUGUGUUUAAUAGUUUUCUUCAUAUUGUUUUUUACUCCCUGAAAAUUAAAUAUGAUUUGGUUUCACUGUAAUUGGGUAAAAUUUGCAUUUGGCCUUUAUCUUGAUGAUAAAGGUAGGAGUCUGCAAAAGGUAGGAUGCUGCAAUUACAUAAAAGGAAGGCAUAGGUAUCAUAUCUGAGAGCAUCUUUUGCCGUUAAGGCAUUGCAUUCUUGCCUAAAAGGGAAAAUUUGGCUGAUUUGAGGGUAAAAUAUAAAUGGGUAAGCAACAAUGUGAAGAAUAAAUCUUACUUUGGAUAUCUGCUGACCUUAAUAUUUUCCCUAUACUUUCUCAAAGUACUUUGUUCUGAAUACCUUGGUGGGAAUUGGAAUAUGUCAAAGAAGAUGAUUAUUUUUAUUGUGGCUUGGAUAUUAAAGGAUAUUAAGGAUAUUAGUCACCCAAGAGAUCCAUUUUCUGCUUUUUUGAUGAAUAGUGUUCAAUAACAUGAACUACUCAUAAAUGACUAAUAAUUUCAAAGUGAUUUUUCAUCUCCUCUAACUUUUUAAGAAAUCAUUUGUUUUUAAGACAUAUACCUUGAACAAAUAAAAUUACCUGCUUUCGUGUAGUGAGAUGCCUAUUUCUGAUGGUCUCAUCAUUUUCUCUUCAGGCCAACUCUGCUUGUAUCUGAAGCAGUUGAUACAUUGGGUUUAUACUUUAAAAGAUAAACAUUGAAAUUGGGAAGUGGGGUGAAUUAUCCCCUUCUAAUUAAGAAAGAGCUUUUGCCACUCUUUAAUUUCUAGAUUUUGUAAAAGAAGUUCAUUUUUAGAAUAAAAAGAAGUAUUUUCAUAUCAGCUUUGGGGAUACUAACUCAUCAGGAAGGAAUUUUAUUAGGUGUUUAAACUUUAAAACUAACAGAUAUACUGAUACAUAACUUACUAGACCACCAAAACUAAUUUGCUAAAAGUCUUUCAUUUUGCAGUCAGUGUUUGACAUAAUGUCUGUUCUCCUGUGUCCAGGUCAGAAACUCCAGUUUGCUUUCCUGUUUAGCAUCAUGACACAAGCUGUUGAGUAAUUUUAUUGGGCAGUUGGGACAGAGGUGAGGAGAAAGUCCUCUUGUUCAGUGUUUUGGUUCCUAUAGUAGGAUGCUGCCUGACCCAGCUCGUCUCUGUGUCCUGUAAAUUAUUCUUCCAGGUCAAUUGAAAGUAACUAAAAUGGAUGGGCAACAUUAAAACCAGCUCAAAAAUAUAUUCUUGUCAAUAAAGAUUUGUCAAGAUGUCUUGGAUUGCACUUUUGUUGAAGGAAGACAGUGUAAAUAGUUAAAGAAUGUUGAUAAAAUUGCAACAUUUGGUUAUGGAAUUGUGUGUGAUGUUAGAAGGUUUCUGUUUGUGAACUGUAUGUAAUUAAAAAUAAUAAAAUUUCAGAAACUAGCAUCGUACUCUUUCUAGUGUGUCACUUUAUUUUCUGGAAUUCAGUGUUUCUGAACUUGUGAUUGAUCUGAAACGAUAGUAGAGAAGAUAUUCUGAGGCUUUGAUGACUAUUCAGGCAGCCAUUUCAAAGUCACUAGUGCAGCUAAUAGAAACGAACUUUUUAUGCUGUUUGAAAGCGAUGUGUCAGAUGUAAAUCCUUUUGCAACAAAAUAAGCAUUCUUUAUAAAAAAGCUGAUUUGAUAUGGAUAGUCCAAAAUUAUUGUUCUGGUUAUAGAAAUAGGUAGAUAAUCUGAACAAGUGUUUUCUUUGAUUCCUAGGCCCGUAACAAUUUUCACAAUGAAAAGAUUUGAUUAUAUGCUUGUUCAUUUUAGGAAGAUGAAAACUGAGUUGUAAUUAAACUGUAGCUGACUUUACAUACUGUGACCAAAUAGAUUUAUCUCUCAAAUCUCUUUGUCCCCUUCAUUUCAAAUUUUGGAAGAAAAAAGUUUGUUUUGAGCUUUUGUUCUUUUCAUGUUCUCUUAGCUCUCUAUAUCAGAGAUAAACCUUACCUAAUCAAUACGAGUAUUUUCGAAGAUAGUGAAGUGCUAUACCCUUGUACUAUAUCAAAUAAGGCACUUCUGAGGCAUUUGUUUAAGGAUACCCUUUAGCGUUGCAGUGCUUUUAUAUAUAUUAAACUCAGUCUAGUAUUAACACCUCAAGGACAACAAAGAUAAAAAGAAAAGGCUCUGUUUUAGGAAAUUCUGUAGAACAGCACUGAUUACGUGUCAGUGUUCAAAUGGGAUUGGCCAUGUUACUCCUGUAGAUAUCAUAACAAGUAUUCUGAUGCACCAGAUUGAAAAGUUAGAUUGUGUGUCCUCUCUGGUGGCACAGGGGGUUAAGUCUCAGCACUAUGAUUCUAUCAGCAGCCACUUCAGUGCGAGUUCAAUCCCCCACCAGGGAGCUGACCCACAUGGUGCAGCAGACCUCUCCUGUCUUGGCUACUGCUCCCCU